AUGCUCUCAUGCGUUCGUUUUCGAUUUUUUAAAAACGAUCGGCGAUUCGAGAAGAACUGGAACGAUCUGCCGGUGGAAAUAAAGAUGGAGGUCAUCAAAAAAGUGGACCCGAUCACCAGGUGAGCGGCGCGUUUGCGGAACGAAAAAAAGCGAAAAAAAAACGUCGGAAUUGUCUUGCAGAGACCGUCUCCGUCGCUGCUCGUUCGCCGAUCUUCUGAUCGUGAAGGCGACGCCGUCCAUACACAUUCCGUACCUCUGCAUCUUCACCGUUCACACACUUCAUCGCUUGCCUACCACCAAAGAUCUCACCGACCGCAUUUCGAUGCGAGCCGCCGCCGCGUACAACAAAACGGACGCGCCGAUUGUGUUCGACAUUUCCGACGAGUCGAGCGCAAUGUCUCUUCCGUCGCUUUUAGGCAUGCUCACCUCGAAACGUGUCUCGAUCGGAUGUCUCGACACGACCGCACUGGAUUUGGCCCAUUUGCGAGACAUCCACAAAUGUUUUUCGAAUAACGCAACGUGCCGCAUCGACAAAUGGUGGAUUAAAGACAUCACUAUGCUUUCAAUAAAGGGUGAUGCGCUCUGUUUGGAAAGUGCCAACAUUCAAAGUGUCGAAAUGAGAGAAGUCGCCCUGAUAAAUUAUGUGCACCUAGGACCGGAGAUCAUUUUCUGCGGAGACGACCUCAACGAGCUCCGGAGAGCGAGUUUGAACAGUGUGGUCAAUUGGUGGCCUUCGCAGCAAUCGAUAGCCGUCGGAAAGAACGCGAAAAAGUUCUGGACGAGAAUUCUCGGCUUGGGCAACGGCAGAUUCGUGGACAACGAUCCGAACGUCUGGAGAUCCAGCGCAUUGGGCGAGUGGACGGCGCGACGCUCCAAGUGCGGACAAAUUGUGACACUUGUCUCUGAGAACGAGGAGGUGAGUUUUGGUUUCGAUUUGCACAAAAAUCACGUUGAAAAAGGGGUUGGAAAACGAGUGGAGUCCGUCUUGUUACAGGAAGAAGACUCAUCAAUCGGCGCGAUCCGUGAACUGAGCGACAUUUCGCUCGAGGAUUGGUGGUUUCUGCGCAUGACUUCGGUGCAGACGGAGAGACGCUUUAGAGUGGAACAGAUGAAGGACGAGAUUUUGGAGGGAGGCAACGGACGGCUCAGGAAAUUGGCGGAGAAACUGAUCACCGAUUACUAG